AGCGGUGGUCAGAGCGCAGUCGCGCUGAUGGGCGAGACACACUUUCUCUCUCUCUGUUGGGUUUUUUUUUUUUUAUCCCUCCUCUUGCACCAAUCGCCAAGGAAACGCUCGCGCGCUGAAAUGAACCAGAGCCCGGUCUUGGGCGCGGAUUGACACGGAAACUUUUACGAUGGACACAAAGGAGUAAAAGUAGCCGCACAAGAGAGAGAGAGAGAGAGAUAAAGAGAGAGAGAGAGAGAAGGAGAAAUAUCUCCGCUCAGCUUGCAACUAGCCGCAGGGACGCAGGCGCGCGCGCAGGGUUAGAAUGCACGGUGCGGUGAGAGCCCACUGCAGCUUCUAACGGCAACGCGCGCUUUAUUCCAGCCGAGUCGGCCUCCUGAACAACAGAGCCGGGUUUCUCCUCUCCUCUCCUCUCCUCUCCUCUCCUGCUUUUCACUCGCUGCUGCUGUUUUGAACUGGUGAUAGAUACCUAAUAAUGAUGGCGGGGAAAAGGACAUCACAAGGCACGGGGAUAUUACUGGUGACGGCCAACGUCGGCUCUCUCUUCGAAGAUCCUGAAAACCUUCAGAAGACAUGGCUGCGGGAGUUCUAUCAGACGGUGCACACACACAAACCACACUUUGUGGCAUUACACUGUCAAGAAGUAGGUGGGAAGAAUUACGAGGAGUCCAUGGCACACGUGGACAGCUUCGUCAAAGAGUUACUGUCCAGCGAAGCCAUGAAGGAGUACAACAGAGCCCGUGUCUACCUCGACGAGAACUACAAGUCCCCGGAGCAUUUCACAGCACUAGGAAGUUGCUACUUUGUACACGAAUCCUUAAAAAACAUCCAUCAGUAUGAUUUCAAAGCCAAGAAGUUCAAGAAGGUGCUUGGCAAGGAGAUUUACUCAGACACUUUAGCCAGCACGUCCAUGUUGGAGAAAGAGAAGUUCCCUCAAGACUACUUUCCUGAGUGUAAAUGGUCCAGAAAAGGCUUCAUUAGGACUCGCUGGGCUUUGGGGGACUGUGCCUUUGACCUAGUGAAUAUUCAUCUGUUCCAUGAUGCCUCCAACCUGGUGGCCUGGGAAAACAGUCCUUCUGUCUACUCAGACACACGACAGAAAGCUCUCGGCUAUGUUCUGGACAGAAUCACAGACCAGCGUCACGAGAAGCUGCCAUAUUUCCUCUUUGGCGAUUUUAACUUCAGGCUGGACUCAAAGCAGGUUAUAGAGAGUCUGUGUUCUACAGCCACCAUGCAGACGGUUCGAACUGCAGACACCAAUGAAGUGGACAAGCUCAUAUUCCGAGAGUCUGACAAUGACCGCAAGGUUGUGCUACAACUCGAAAAGAAGCUUUUUAACUACAUUAACCAGGAUGUUUUCCGGGAAAACAACGGAAUGCUGCUAUUAGAGUUUGAUAAAGAGAAGACCGUCUUUAAGGAUCGUCUGCAUGAGCUGGAGAUCUCCUUUCCUCCCAGCUACCCGUACAGUGAGGACAGUAGUCAAGGGAAGCAGUACAUGAAUACACGAUGUCCUGCCUGGUGUGACCGUAUCCUCAUGUCUUCUUCUGCCAAAGACCUGGUUGUAAAGCCAGAGACCGAGGAGAAGUCAAUAACAUAUGACAAUAUAGGGCCCAAUGUCUGCAUGGGGGACCACAAGCCUGUUUUCCUGUCCUUUCGAUUAACCACAGGGGCAGGUAAACGUAAUGCAAAUAAGCACAAGUGUUGUGUCAUGCAGUGAUGUGAUAUAUGCUGCCAAAGAAUGGAGGGGAUUUCACCACAAGCAACCCUGUGAGAAACUCUGAGACAGCUGGACACACACACACUCACUCACUCUCUCACACACACUCACAGAAAACCCUGAUAAGACUUUUCAGCAGGACUGACCAGUCGUAGUGAAAUGAGUGCAAGCCAUCACACUGAUAGAAAUGGCAGCAUGUGCCCAGGGAUGAUUUAAGAUUCAAGAACACACUGAACAUCAAGCACACACACACACACACACAGGUCAAGCCGCUCUCUUCUCUCAUUGGACACUUUUCCUGCAACCCUUUUUCCCAGAACACCGACACAGUGACAAACAACUUAAAGGACAGCUCUUCUUCUAUGAUAUAGCCUUGUUGCCAAAACUCUAAUAGAAAAUCAGAUGUACUACAUAUUUUAAAGACAAUACUUGCGAUUUUUAGAUAUGCCUCUACAUUAUAGAAGAUACUUCCAUAACUUGUGUAAGAUGUUUUAAGAAGUGCAAUGCAAAAAAACAACAACAACCAACUGUUGUAUAUGUAUAGUGUUAGGUUUAUUUGUACAUUGGAUUAUUAUAUAGUGGUAAUGAUGCUUUUAGAGCUGUUUCCUUUCUCUUUUGGCGAGCUUGUGCAGUCUCUCUCUGUUGGAUUAGAUUUUUUUUUUUAAGUUCAUUUCAACAAUUGACAUUUAGUUUGCUUUCUUUCCUUUUGAUUUGUUGUUGCUGACCCGUGUGCCCAGCACACCAUGCCAUGUCUAACAUUCACCAAGUCUCAUUUUAUAUACUGUACUUUUUAAAGAGAUAAUUUAUGAUUCUUACGAAAAUGAUUACACUGAGGUAUGGAUAAAGACCUGCCACUUGUCAGCUGAACCAUUUGAAUAGCCUAGUUAUAGUUAUAUAUUACAGCACACAUCAUCUGAAGUGCACCUUUUUUUUUUUUUUUGUAGUUAUAUGAUUUUCAUGUAGCCUAUCUGAGCUAUUCUAACCAGUGUCAUAGGCCAUGCAAGUAGCUAUAUAAGGAUGUUUCAUAAAGCAGUCUCACUUUGGUUAUUGCAUUAUUAUUCUUAGCCUAACUUAUUUCUGUGUAAUAAUAUGGUUCUGAAUGUGAUAUUUUAGAUAGGCUUGGGUAUCUUUAAAAAUGUAAACAAUUUUUUUUUUUUGGUUUAAGUUUUGUUUUCCUUUUGUUACUGCGUUAUGGUGCCAAGUAUCGUACACAACAGACAAGUGUGUGUUAAGAAUUUGUGCAGUCGGUAGGAGGAAAGCGGUCGCUUUUCAGAGUCGCGCUACAAACCGCGCAGCCUACUAUUGGAGUGAACAGUGUGCCAAAAUAGCACGCGCCGCUGUUUAGAGACGCACUUCAGUGUGGUGUAGUGUGCGGUUUGGGACGCGGCCUGAGUUGCUCCGUCUGUUUCACCAUUAAUCCGCUCGCGCCGCUCGUUAGAGCUGUAAAAUGGCGAUUAGCAGGCGGCUGUGCGGCUUUUCCUCAUAUCGAUUUUAAUUUAGGACACUACAUAGUUCACAGGCCGCGUGAAACAGGUAGUUUGAUAGGCUAUUUGGAUUUCUUUCUCUCUUUUUUUUUUCUCCCCUUCAUCAUUUAAAAUCACCAUAAGUGAGAAUGAAUUUGCAGUAAAAAUUAAUGUCGUCUUAACAGUGAGUUGCUUCCCAAACAGGCGUAGUCUACUAAAUAGUGUCAAAAUAGUGUGCUAGCUAACUAAAUGUGAAAUAGCCUACUAUUUUGACAUUGCAGGCCUAUUUAUUGCAUUAAGGUGAGGUUUUGGGAGAGAAUAAGGCGUUAUAUAGAUGACACGAAUGUAUUUUGUUCGCCAGAAAACGUCGACGUGCUGUUUAGUAGUAUCCUACUAUUGAGUGCGGUAGUAUGCCAUUUUGGACACUGCUCAAUAACCUUUCCCCUUCCCGCCGGUCACGUGACGCGGUGUGUUCCCUCUGUAAGAGCAGAUAGAGAUUGAGCUCCAUGGGUGGCCUGGACUCUUCAAGCAAUAAAACCAUUAGAACUGAACAA